AUGGAGCUGUUCGUCCGCAAAAUUGACGAGAAUGCCAAAUGGCAACCUCAUAAUGCACUUAUACGAUUCGCUGGUGGGCCUGACUGGGAGACAGAGGGUUACCGUUCUUUGACUUGGCAACAAUACGCCGAUGGCAUCAAUAAGACUGCACACUGGCUUGACAAGACCUUCGGAAAGUCUGUGGACAACGAUACUGUGGCGUAUUCUGGCCCCAGCGACAUCCGAUAUGCGUUCCUAUUCGCAGCAUCGGUCAAGACAGGUCGCAAGUUUCUUGUUCCAGAUGGUCGUUUCAUGAAGGAUGGACUUGAUGCACUGCUAGAGUCAUCAAACUGCAAGAUUUGGCUGUAUUCCGAGGGAGGUGCAUUCAGCCCCGAGCCUGAGCUUGCAGCAUCGGGUAUCCAUGUUGAGCAGUUCCAAAGUCUCGAUUGGUGUCUUUCUGCCCAAGGAACCGAGCCCUACGCCUAUGAGAAGACUUAUGAGCAGGCGAAGGACGAUGAGAUUCUCAUCAUCCACACUGGAGGCACCACAGGUAUGGAAACGUAG